AUGGCAAGUCCGGUUAUCAGCUUCACUGCCAACGGACGACAGCAUCAUAUGGGGUACUACUUAGCCGACGACAUUUACCCGAGAUGGCCAGUUUUCUUGAAGACGAUCUCCUGCCCAACGGGUGCGAGGAGAGAGUUUUUUGCGGCAAAGCAGGAGUCUGCACGGAAGGACGUGGAGCGAGGAUUCAGUGUGCUUCAAGCGCGUUGGGGAAUAGUGAAAGACCCGGCUCGUUCCUGGUACAGGCAUCAUAUCGCCAAUGUUAUGUACGCGUGCAUCAUCUUGCACAACAUGAUUAUUCACGAUGAAGGUCGUGCAACUAGCGAGUGGUCCGAUGAUGGAGCCGGUCCGAGCGCAUGUCAUGCAGCCCCGCCGGUCGUUCGAGGUUUACUCUAUGGAGUCAGCGAGAUAUUACAAGCUCAGGAGAGCAUGCGCAACCAACAAGCUCAUCUUGAUCUCAUGAACGAUAUGAUUAAAGAAGUUUGGACACGUAGUGGUCAUUGA